GCAAUCCAACCCGAUCCAAUCCAAAUGCGCGGAGUGGUUUCGUGUCCUGAUGGCGGUCUGCUCCUCCGGUUCCCGCUAGCAGACAACCGCUACGAUCGUCCAAAAUUCCCGCUUUCUAAGCCGCCUAACCCGACCCCGAAUACUCGCUAACUUCUAAGGCAUGCUCGGACAACCCUAAAAUCCAUCGGCUACGGCCCUGAAACGUAUCUGCUAGGCCUACCGGACUGGGUCGUAUGUUUCCAUCGCGACUUCUACCGUCGUCGAUGACCGACACGGUACCGAGCGUACCGACCGUUGUACAUCUCCGGUAAGCUGCCCGAGCGCCGCAUACUAUAUUUAUGUCUCAUGCGGAGCAGCAGUACAGCCUAGCCACCCCGUUGUGGACGCGGUGUCAGCGUUGCCCGGGAAAAACGGCUUUCAAGACACCCGACGAGUUUGCGCGUCAUCUGCGCGACACCCACUGCAGCAAGGAAGGCGGUUCGUUCGUUUGCCGUUACGGCAACAACGAUGUUUGCGCUUCGUUGCCCCUCGAAGGAGUCAGCGACGAAGACUACGAAGCUCACGUGCUCAAGCAUCAUGUGCUGUCGCAGAAAGAAGCGGAACGGUCAGACCGUCGUUACGGACACCCCAAGGACGACUCGGACAGCGGCCGGAGCAACGGAGAGGGUGCCCGUCGGGCCACCAAUCCCGCCUUUCCAGAUGCGGUGGCAGAGCCACGCGAGCGCUGGACCAUCUACCACUCGGCGCAGAACCUGCCGGCCGUGCUGAACGACCCCCGCCGCUCCCGCAGGGAGUCAGACUUCUUCAUCAAGACCUGGGGGGAUCACUUCACGGACACGACGCCGCUGCCCCCUUGCCUCCAUGUCCCGACCAUCUCGAGGCUACACUUCGAGUCGUACCUGGCACGCACAUCGCGGAGGUACCGCAGGCACCUUCGUCGCGCUUCUUCAGCCACAUCUGCAACUUCUGACGGGAGGAGCGGAACCUUGGUGAGGAGCACUUCGUUCAGAGAUGGCACACCUGAAAGCAUUGACAUUGUUCCCAUGAUGUUCUUGAAACCAGACUUCAGCCUGGAAGAUCCAGAAACGUUCCACACCGUGAUCCCGUGGUCCGUCAUUCAGCCGUCAGCCCGGAAAUCUAAAGAAACUCUUGCCCCUAAGCAAACUUCUAGGCUACUCCAGGAAAAGCUGUCGCACUACCUGGACAUAGUGGAAGUCCAGAUUGCCAGGCAGGUGUCCCUCAAGUCGGACGCCUUCUUCCAAGCCAUGACCUCCCACGACGCCCUGUCGGCAAAGAUGACCACCACCCUACAGGCGGUCUCCAGUCUCAGGCAGCGCAUCAGUGUCAUUGAUGCCAGUCUAGUCAACGGGGCCCUGAAGGUGCUGCAGCUGAAGCGACUUCAUGCAAACUACAUCGCCGUCUACAGCAAGCUCCAAUUGAUGGCCACUGUGCAUCAAGCGCAGCCGACGAUCCAGCGGCUCCUGGCGACUUCCGACUUUGUGCGGGCGCUCGACUUCAUCGAAGCCACUCGCGAGAUCCUCACUCUGGAGUUAGCGGGUGUGCAGAGCUUUCGGCAUCUGGACUGCCAGCUCAUCGAGAUCGAGAAGGUCAUCGACAAGAUGAUGCAGACGGACUUCCUCAAGUACGCCACGGCAGACCUGAACAGGCCGCUGGCGGAUGACGUCCAGGUCGCAAACGAGGAGCACCUAGUUGCGGUUGUCUUUGGCAUGCUGCGGCUCGGGAAGCAGUCCUUUGUCGACCUCUACAAGGAGGAAGCGUGCACCGCCGUCAAGGCCACGGUGAAGCAGACUGUCAUCGAAUUUGUUUCGAGGAAUGACGAGCUGGAUCUAGAAGGCAAUGGAAACAGUUUGUUUGAGCAAGUGAAGCAGCUUGACUUCGUUAAGUGGAUCGCUCUCCUCAAUGAAGUAUUCAAGAAUGUGGCCCUGCUGCUCAGGAGGAUACUGGCUGUGCAGCAGUUGAUGAAGCAGACAGUUGACCUUGCGGCAGGCAUCUCUCACUCGGACGAGAGUAGCCAGCAGUACCAAAGCCAGGUCGAGGUGAUGAUGGAUACGGCGACCCACGACGAAAUCGUGGCUUCUCUCUCGAGCAUGUUGUUCGCAAUCUGCGACUACGCCCACGAACGGUGCUCCAGGCUCAUUCCCUCUGAAACAAAGGACGGCUUCCUAGACAAGCUGAGCUCAUCGAGCUUUGUGACACUGUGCAAGGCUGUGGACUCAUUUACGGCGCAGUGCAACGAAACCUGCAAGCACAAGAGCACGGUCCUCCUGCUUGCAUUGCGUACCCAGGCCGACAGGUUCGUGAGCAGGUUCCACGAAGAGCGAAAGAUGAAGCUGAGCUUACUGCUGGACAGCGAGCAGUGGACAAGAGUGGACAUUCCUCCCGAGUUCCAGAACAUGGUCAAUCACGUGGUGGACAAAGACGUCCUGGUUCUCCCAGAGAAGGAACUGUUGAGGGGGGACAGCAGCAAGGGCAAGCCCAAGGGUUACCUGGAAAUAAACUCUGAGAAGUACGGGAUAGCUGGGAGUGCGGUGAUGAUGCUCAAGAUGGUCCUGGAGUACUGCCAGUGUGCCAAGGACAUCCCCUUCGUGGCUCUCAACCUGCUCUCAAAGCUCCAGGAACUCCUCAGGAACUUCAACUCUCGGACGUCCCAGCUUGUCCUCGGAGCAGGGGCGUUGCAGCUGGUCGGACUCAAGACCAUCACGGCCAGCGUGCUUGCACUCACGGCGCGGUGUCUACAGCUGCUGCUCUUCUUCCUGCCCAAAGUGAAGACGCACUUCGAAGUUCACCUCACGACGCGUCGGGAGAUGGCCAAGCACUUUGACCAGAUACACAAGGAAUAUGCCGAACACGUGAGCGAAAUCUUCAGCAAGCUGGCCCACAUCGUGGGAUCGGUGAUGGACGCACAACUCAACAAUUGGGAGGUGAAGGCGCCCGUGCCGUCCCCAGCCUUCCGUGCGGUGGCCAAGCACCUGAGCAAGUUUCAUGGAGCCAUCGCGGAGGUGCUCUCCCCUUCGGACGUGGUGAUGCUCCUGGGCUGGGUGCACGCGGCCUUUACCCAGAGCCUCAGAGCUCACCUCACCCGGCUGGCCGUGGCCAAGGACGGGGGACCCCAGCACGGCCUGGUGACCCAGGAGCUGACCUUCUACGUGGAGAACCUCAAGAGCUUGGGCGUGCCCGUGACCUUCGACGACCUCUGGCAGGCCAGGUGACGACCUCUGGUGGGACAAGGAACAAAGGAAGGGGGAGGAGGAGCGUCCUGGAAGGAGGGGGAGACCCGCUCGCCUGCCCGUCCCAUCCACCCCACUCCCAUUUUGUAAAUUUUAUACAUAAAGAAAAGGUGUCGGCGGUAUAUUUUACGAACGAGACAGAGAGA